AUGAGACUCAUUGUGCGUGACGAUGCUAUUUCGGCAGCACAUUACGUCGCCAAAUAUAUUCUUAAGCGCCUCAAGGAGUUCGAGCCCAGUCAGUCGCGGCAAUUUGUGUUGGGUCUCCCAACGGGCAGUACUCCGAUUGAGGUCUACAAAAUCCUGACCAACAGCUACCAAAAUGGCGAGGUCUCUUUCGAAAACGUGAUAACUUUCAAUAUGGACGAAUAUGUCGGUAUCCCACGAGACCAUCCGGAAAGCUAUCACUCCUUCAUGUGGCGUCACUUUUUCUCUCACAUCAAUAUUCGACCGGAAAACGUUCAUAUACUCAAUGGCAAUGCCUCGAACCUUGAAGACGAGUGCCUCCAGUAUGAAGCCGCGAUACAGGCAGCGGGAGGCAUUGAUCUGUUCUUGACCGGAGUCGGCGAAGACGGCCAUAUUGCAUUUAAUGAGCCUGGAUCCAGUUUAGUCAGCAGAACGCGCGUAAAGACUUUAGCAUACGACACCAUACGUGCCAACUCGCGCUUUUUCAGCAACGAUAUAAACCAGGUGCCUCGGAUGGCGCUAACUGUUGGCGUACAGACGGUCCUAGAUGCACGAGAGGUGGUCACAAUUGCGUUGGGUGCGCGCAAGGCUGUUGCAUUGCAAAGGUGCAUUGAAGGCGGCGUGAGCCAUAUGUGGACUCUUUCUAGUCUCCAAUUACACAGGCACUCGAUGAUUGUUGCCGAUGAAGAUGCUACGCUUGAGCUGCAGGUCAAGACCGUCAAGUAUUUCAAAUCUAUUGAGCAAGUCGCCCUCGAGGAAGGCUUCGAACAAGCAAUUUCUAAACGACUCCGGAAAGCGCUCGGGGAGAAACAUGCGUGUCAUGCUCUCGCCAAAUCAGCAGCCCCGGAGCCUGCAUUGGACAACAUGGGGUCGCGAAUCCGCAAUAAUAAUAUCACGUUUGUGGGAUGA